AUGCCACUGGGAAACAGGAAAUUACGUCAAUCAGGCGGCGGCACGGCAUCAGCGGAAGGAGCAGUUUUGGAACAGCACGUAAGCCAGUGCUCCCUCGCAGCCCUCCAUCCCACCCACCAGUGCUAUCUUAAUAACAUUAUGGGCCCCCGGGCAAAGCAGUGCACUGGGGCCCUGCCUACACACAAAUCAAAGGAAUAAAAAUAAAAAUUAUAGAUAAAAUUAGGCUUAUAUUUAUUAGUAUCUCCAACAAAUGCAAUACAUACAUAAAAUACAUAUACACAGACUGCUGAACACAUUCACAAACCGACUGAAUACAUACACCGACACACAGUCCGCUGAUUACACACACACACACAAACAUACAGACUGCUGAAUACAUACACACAGACUGCUGAAUACAUACAGACUGCUGAAUACACACAUUGCUGAAUACACAUACAGACAGACUGCUAAAUGCACACACACACUCACAGAAUGCUGAUUACACACAGACAGAGUGUUUGUGUGUACACACAGACUGCUGAAUACAUACACACAAACACUGACAACGCAUUGAGGGGUGCAGUGUAUGUGUUUGUAUGUACGGGUGCGUGUGGGGGGGAGGUGCUGUGUGUGUGAAAGGGGUGCUGUGUGGGGGGGGAGGUGCUGUGUGUCUGAGAGGGGUGCUGUUUGUGGGGGAGGUGCUGUGUGUGUGAGAGGAGUGCUGUGUGAGUGUGGGGGGGUGCUGUGUGUGUGGGAGGAGUGCUGUGUGUUUGAGAGGUGUGUGUGUGGGAAGUUGCUGUGUGUGAGGGGGGCUGUGUGUGAGAGGGGUGCUGUGUGGGGGGGAUGCUGUGUGUGGGGUGCUGUGUGUGCUGUGUGUGUGGAGGUGCUGUGUGGGGUGCUGUGUGGGUGGUGUGUGUGUGUGUGGGGGGGUGCUGUGUGUGUGGGUGGGGUGCUGUGUGUGUGGGGGGGGUGCUGUGUGUGUGUAGGGGUGCUGUGUGUGGGGGGUGGUGCUGUGUUUGUGGGGGGCAUGCUGUGUGUGUGGGGGUACUGUGUGUGUGGGGGGAGGUGCUGUGCAUGUGAAAGGGGUGCUGUGUGUGUGGGGGAGGAACUGUGUGUGUGAGAGUGGUGCUUUGUGUGUGGGAGGUGCUGUGUGUGGGGAGGAAGGUGCUGUGUGUGAGAGGGAUGCUGCUGUGUAUGAGAGGGAUGCUGUGUGUGUGAGAGGGGUGCUGUGUGUGUGGGGGGCUGCAGUGGGUGUGGGGGGUGUAGUGUGUGUGUGUGGGGGGGUGCUUCAGGUAGCAAAUGUAUUAAUAAAAUCUUUAUCUCCCCCUCUCUUUGGUGAAUGAGAGGGGGAGAUAAGUUCCCCCCGGAACUUACCUGAAUCCAGCAAUGAUGUCCAGCGGUGCAGAGUCAGGCUCCACCCACGUUCCUCUCCCGUCAGCGGGUGGGGGAGACCUAACCCGCGGCAUUGGUCACACUAACAUUAGGAUUUCCCCAUAGGAAAGCAUUAAAGGAACACUAUAGCGUUAUAUACAAAUACGUAUUUCUAACGCUAUAGAGCACUAGCAUUUAUGUCAGUUUACCCUUUCAAUUCUUUGGGCAGACACGCUUCCUUUUUGGGCAUGUUUGUCCAUUUCGGAAGUUCUGGUGGUAUGGAAGAUGGAAGCAUGAAUUAAAGAGAGAUUGGCAUAUUUUAAGAGAAUCUAAAUUUUUUUUUAUAGCUGCAUCCUAUGAGUUUCCCUCCGGCAACAUCUCCACCAGAUACAUAACGCUUGAGAGGUAUGACUGUUUUAGGUCAAUAAGAUUCUGUAAUUAGGCUCCUCAUAAUUGUCAGCACCAGGCCCACUGGGCUCUUAAUCUGGCCCUGGUUGUAAUGCAAAUCCAUCCGGGUUUGGGAAGACGGUUAUGUUCCUGUUGUAUAAAUAUGCCAUAGAAAAUACUGCAUUACUCAAUGUAUCCAUUGUGCGAUUUUUGUCCAGCUGCCGUUCCUCUAUAUGGACAGACAACAAAUCAAGAAACUCCAUUGGCGUCCAUUUCUAGUGAAGUCAACUCUAUUUCUGAAACUGAUACAACACCGGAAUCACCAUCCAGCAAUGCGCUAAUUCCAGUCAAUAAUGUCAGUACAACGGCACCAGAUACAACAACGGAACCCCAGAAUAACCCAGUGGAUCCUACCGGGAAAGGAGACAUUACUGAACCCGAUACCAACCUACCUGACCUAACAUCUACCAUCAGCACCACUCUAGAACGUGAUACCACAGAGGGCACCAGUACCAACCUACUUGACCUAACAUCUACCACCAGCACCAUUACAGAACCUGAUACCAACCUACCUGACCUAACAUCUAAUACCAGCAUUAUUACAGAACCUGAUACCAACCUACCUUACCUAACACCUAAUAACAGCAGCAGUACAGAAACUGAUACCAUCCUACCUGACCUAACACCUAAUACCAGCACCAGUACAGCACCUGAUACCACAGAGGGCACCAGUACCAACCUACCCGACCUAACACCUAAUACCAGCACCAGUACAGUUACCACAGAGGGCACCAGUACCAAUCUACCUGACCUAACAUCUAAUACCAGCACCAGUACAGAUACCACAGAGGGCACCAGUACCAAUCUACCUGACCUAACAUCUAAUACCAGCACCAGUACAGCACCUGAUACCACAGAUAGCACCGGUACCAACCUACCCGACCUAACAUCUACCAUCAGCACCAUUACAGAACCUGAUACCAACCUACCUGACCUAAUAUCUAAUACCAGCACCAGUACAGAACCUGAUACCAUGGAGGGCACCAGUACCAACCUACCUGACCUAACAUCUAAUAUCAACAUUAGUACAGAACCUGAUACCAUGGAGGGCACCAGUACCAACCUUCCUGACCUAACAUCUACCAUCAGCACCAUUACAGAACCUGUUAGCAACCUACCUAACCUAACAUCUAAUACCAGCACCAUUACAGAACCUGAUACCACAGAGGGCACCAGUAACAACCUAUCUGACCUAACAUUUACCACCAGCACCAUUACAGCACAUGAUACCACAGAGGGUACCAGAACCAACCAACCUGACCUUACAUCUACCACCAGCACCAGUACAGCACCUGAUACCACAGAGGGCACCAGUACCAACCAACCUGACCUAACAUCUACCACCAGCAAAACUACAGAACCUGAUACCAACCUACCUGACCUAACACCCAAUACCAGCACCAUUACAGAACCUGAUAUCACAGAAGGCACCAGUACCAGCCUACCCGACCUAACAUCUAAUUCCAUAACCACUACAGAAUCUGAUACCACAGAGGGUAUGGAUACCAACCUACCUUAUAUAACACCUAAUACCAUCACCACUAAAGAAUUUGAUACCACUGAGGUCACCAGUAGAAUCCUUCCUGAACUAACAUCUACCACCAGCACCAUUACAGAACCUGAUACCACAGAGGGCACCGGUACCAACCUACCCGACCUAACAUCUAAUAUCAUCACAACUGCAGAACCUGAUACCACAGAGGGCACCGGUACCAACCUACCCGACCUAAAAUCUUAUACCAUUACCACUACAGAACCUGAGACCACAAAGGGCACCAGUACCAACCUACCUGACCUAACAUCUAAUGCCAUCACCACUCCAGAACCUGAUACCACAAAGGACAACAGUAUCCAUGUAACUAGUGACUCCAUUAUGGAUUCAGCUUUUGAUACAAGUGUCUCUUCCAAAACCGCAGAACCUGUUGGCACUGAAACAACCACUCACACCGACAUUCCAAAUAAAUCAACAUCUGACAGUGCGGCUGAGCUUACUACCACUAUGACAACUAAUACCGAGCUCACAACCUGUACAUUUACUAAUACUGAGCCUACCAGUGCUAUAACUGAUACAGUGCUUACUGCCAGUAAUCUAACUAAUACUGAGCUCACUACCAGCAUGAUGACUAUUACCGAGCUCACAACCUGUACUGUAACUGAGACUGAGCUUACUACCAGUACUAUGACUGAUACCGAGCUCACUACCAGUACUAUGACUGAUACCGAGCACACUACCAGUGCUAUAACUGAUACCAAGCUCACUACCAUUACUAUGACUGAUACAGAGCACACUACCAGUACUAUGACUGAUACCGAGCACACUACCAGUACUAUAACUGAUACCGAGCUCAAUACCAGUACUAUGACUGAUACCGAGCUCACUACCAGUACUAUGACUGAUAUCGAGCACACUACCAGUACUAUGACUGAUACCGAGCACACUACCAGUGCUAUAACUGAUACCAAGCUCACUACCAUUACUAUGACUGAUACCGAGCACACUACCAGUACUAUGACUGAUACCGAGCACACUACCAGUGCUAUAACUGAUACCGAGCUCACUACCAGUACUAUGACUGAUACCGAGCACACUACCAGUGCUAUAACUGAUACCGAGCUCACUACCAUUACUAUGACUGAUACCGAGCACACUACCAGUACUAUGACUGAUACCGAGCACACUACCAGUACUAUAACUGAUACCGAGCUCACUACCAGUACUAUGACUGAUACCGAGCUCACUACCAUUACUAUGACUGAUACCGAGCUCACUACCAUUACUAUGACUGAUACCGAGCACACUACCAGUACUGUGACUGAUACCGAGCUUACUACCAGUACUAUUACUGAUACCGAGCACACUACCAGUACUAUGACUGAUACCGAGCACACUACCAGUACUGUGACUGAUACCGAGCUUCCUACCGGUACUAUAACUGAUACCGAGCACACUACCGGUACUAUAACUGAUACCGAGUUCACUACCGGUACUAUGACUGAUACCAAGUUCACUACAGGUACUAUAACUGAUACCGAGCUCACUACCAGUGCUAUAACUGAUACCGAGCUCACUACCAGUACUAUGUCUUAUACUGAGCUCACUCCCGGUGCUAUAACUGAUACCAAGUUCACUAUCAGUGCUAUAACUGAUACCAAGCUCACUACUAGUGCUAUAACUGAUACAGAGCUCACUACCGGUAAUAUGACUGAUACCAAGCACAGUACCAGUACUAUGACUGAUACCGGGCUCACUACCAGUACUAUAACUGAUACAGAGCUCACUACCAGUACUAUUACUGAUACCGGGCUCACUACCAGUACUAUGACUGAUACCAAGCACACUACCGGUAUGAUAACUAAUACAGAGCUUGCAACUUGUACUGUAACUAAUACUGCACUCACUACCAGUACUAUAAAUGAUACCGAGCUCACUACCAGUGUUAUAACUAAUACCGACUUCAGCACCAGAAUAACUAAUACCGAGCUCACAACCUGUGUAAUAAUUGAUACCAAGCUCACUACCAGUAUAAUAACUGAUACUGAGAUCGCUACCAGUACUAUAGCUGAUACUGAGCUCAUGACCAGUACAAAAACUGAUACUAAUUACGGUCUUAUAUCAGACACCGAUCUCACUACUGCAUUGAGAACGUAUGAUACAACUGAGCAAACCAGUUAUCAUACUAGUAAUGAGAUUUCCAGCAUGAUGACUAAUGAUACAGCUAAUACUCAGCGUGACUUGGUAACUAAUAUGAUGACUCAAGCACCUGCCACCAUAAUAGGUGAUAUAACUGCAUCAAUUGCUAAUAUGACCGAUAACCAAACUGCUACCAGCCUAACCAUUAGUAAUUCAUCUCAACCUGCUACCAGUCUGGUAACGAACACUAUCACCAGUACCACAACAAUUAAUAAAAACAAUCAAAUAGUAUCCAAUAUCUAUAAACCUAUAUACGAUCUAACAAUUGAUCUUACAAAUUACGGUGCUGAUGGGUCUACCACUGCCGUGAUAACUACCACUGACCAUAUAACAACAAACACUACAAGCUCUACUGAGGCCAGUCUUGUAACUAAUAGUACCAAUCAGUUAACUUACACUCCUAGUGGACCUAGUACUAGUCUAAUAACUAAUUCUACUAAUAAAGCUAUUACCGAGUCAAUUACAAAUACUAACAGUGAGAUUACUACCCAUCAGUUAAUAAAUACCACUAGUGAACACGGUACCAGUCUCAUAACUAAUGGCUCAAAUAGUAGUAUUACCAUCCACACAUCAUAUACAUCCAAUGACACUACAACCCGUGGGUUAUAUAAUAAUACAAGUGAUCACAGUACCAGCCACACAACAAAUACUGAAUUCACAAAAAAUCUGGUAACUCACACUUCUAGUGAGUCUACAAGUAGUCUUGUCAUAGAUGCUAGUAGUGUCAAAUCUAAUGAUAUGUAUGAACCCAGCAACAAUCUGAUAACUAAUGCUACAAGUGAACCCAGCAGCAAUCUGAUAACUAAUGUUACAAGUCAACCCAGCAGCAAUCUGAUAACUAAUGUUACAAGUGAACCCGGCAGCAAUCUGAUAACUAACGUUACAAGUGAACCCAGCAGCAAUCUGAUAACUAAUGUUACAAGUCAACCCAGCAGCAAUCUGAUAACUAAUGUUACAAGUGAACCCAGCAGCAAUCCGAUAACUAAUGUUACAAGUGAACCCAGCAGCAAUCUGAUAACUAAUGUUACAAGUGAACCCAGCAGCAAUCUGAUAACUAACAUUACAAGUGAACCCAGCAGCAAUCUGAUAACUAAUGUUACAAGUGAACCCGACAGCAAUCUGAUAACUAAUGCUACAAGUGAACCCAGCAGCAAUCUGAUAACUAAUGUUACAAGCGAACCCAGCAGCAAUCUGAUAACUAAUGUUACAAGUGAACCCGACAGCAAUCUGAUAACUAAUGCUACAAGUGAACCCAGCAGCAAUCUGAUAACUAAUGUUACAAGCGAACCCAGCAGCAAUCUGAUAACUAAUGUUACAAGUGAACCCAGCAGCAAUCUGAUAACUAACAUUACAAGUCAACCCAGCAGCAAUCUGAUAACUAAUGUUACAAGUGAACCCGACAGCAAUCUGAUAACUAACGUUACAAGUGAACCCAGCAGCAAUCUGAUAACUAAUGUUACAAGUGAACCCAGCAGCAAUCUGAUAACUAAUGUUACAAGUCAACCCAGCAGCAAUCUGAUAACUAAUGCUACAAGUGAACCCAGCAGCAAUCUGAUAACUAAUGUUACAAGUCAACCCAGCAGCAAUCUGAUAACUAACGUUACAAGUGAACCCAGCAGCAAUCUGAUAACUAAUGUUACAAGUCAACCCAGCAGCAAUCUGAUAACUAAUGUUACAAGUGAACCCAGCAGCAAUCUUAUAACUAAUGUUACAAGUGAACCCAGCAGCAAUCUGAUAACUAAUGUUACAAGUGAACCCAGCAGCAAUCUGAUAACUAAUGUUACAAGUGAAACCCAGCAGCAAUCUGAUAACUAACGUUACAAGUCAACCCAGCAGCAAUCUGAUAACUAAUGUUACAAGUGAACCCGGCAGCAAUCUGAUAACUAAUGUUACAGGUCAACCCAGCAGCAAUCUGAUAACUAAUGUUACAAGUGAACCCGGCAGCAAUCUGAUAACUAAUGUUACAAGUCAACCCAGCAGCAAUCUGAUAACUAAUGUUACAAGUGAACCCAGCAGCAAUCUGAUAACUAAUGUUACAAGUCAACCCAGCAGCAAUCUGAUAACUAAUGCUACAAGUGAACCCAGCAGCAAUCUGAUAACUAACGUUACAAGUGAACCCAGCAGCAAUCUAAUAACUAAUGUUACAAGUCAACCCAGCAGCAAUCUGAUAACUAACGUUACAAGUGAACCCAGCAGCAAUCUGAUAACUAAUGUUACAAGUCAACCCAGCAGCAAUCUGAUAACUAACGUUACAAGUGAACCCAGCAGCAAUCUGAUAACUAAUGUUACAAGUGAACCCAGCAGCAAUCUGAUAAUUAAUGUUACAAGUGAACCCAGCAGCAAUCUGAUAACUAAUGUUACAAGUGAACCCAGCAGCAAUCUGAUCACUAAUGUUACAAGUAAAUUUAGCACUGGUUUUAUAACACAAACUACAGAGGAACUCAGAACCACUCUGUUACGUAAUACUACAGGUGAACUCAGCACCAAUCAAUUAACUAAUACUAUAAGUAUUCUGAAUACUACAAAUGAACCUCGCACCAGUAUGGUAAUCAAUACUGCAAGUCAACCUAUGACCGGUCAAGCGACUAACAAUACAAGUGAACCCAGCAAGAAUUACAUAAAUAAUGCUACAGGUGAACUCAGUAUUAAUCAAAUAACUAGUACUACAAGUGAAUCUACAAGUCUAGUACCUAAAGGUACAGGUGAACCCGGCACUAGCUUGGAACCGUAUUCUAUUAAAGAACUCAGCACCAGUUCAGUCAGUGAUAUGAGAAGUAAUUAUUCUGCUAAUCUGACACCCAGUACUACAGACACAUCUGGUUUUGCUACCAAUAAAGAUGGGAUAAUUGUAUCCAAGGACAUGACUUCCACAGGAUUUACUGGUGAGUCAUAUCAUGAAACUAGUCUGUAAUAAUUAGUGAUACAACAAAAGCAGUGGCAAAACUUCUACUUUUCUGACAUGGUUUAGUGCAGCAUAUAUUAUAAUUCUUUAUACUCUGCUGAUUAAUAGAACAUUCAUUUUGGGGAGAAUGUAUAGAUAAAUCAGGAAUGUUGCUGGGUGGUAAAAAUACCAGGGGCUCCAGCCCAAGGGUGAAUUUUAUGGCCAUGCUAGAUUAACCAUGCACGCCCAUAGCAUUAACUCCAAACAUGCAACAAUAAACCUGCACCCACUGCAUUAAAACCAUGCACCGAUAGUAAUAACCUCACGCUGCUCUGUAUUAACUCCAACUAUGGUGCAUUGAAGCAGCACUGUUACAACGAUGAUUUAACACAUAACAAAAGGCAAAGCUUUUAAUAUCAGCAACAGACUUGGGGUUACUGUUUUAAUAUUAUUGGAUAAGCUUUUAAAAUAAUGUUUAAACAUAUUAAAAUAUCAAAAUAUACCAUGUAAAUGGAAAAAAAAAUCAAUAUAUAACAAAAAUAUUGACAUAUUUUCAUAAUGGUUAAUUAUCUUUAAAAUUCAUCCAAAAAUAUUAAAUCAUCUGAAAAGGACUUCCAACAAUAUUAAAUUGAGAUGAAAGAGUUCUUAAAAUGAGGUUCGGGGAUUUUCAGCGGUCCACCCCAGAUAAGGCUCUCCAGCAAAGUCCUUGUGGACAAGCAAGAUUUAAUGGUUAUUAAUUUAUGUGAAAUAUGCAUUAAUUAAUCUUAUCCUAUUAUUAAAAUUCUUCCUAUUUUCUUAAUGUAGAAAGAACAUAUUUGAAACUAAACAUUAAGAGCACAAUUUCUUCAGAGAUAAACAUUACGAAGACAGUUGAUGAAUUUAUCCAACAGGUAUCUGGUUUUUACAUUUGUGAGAUUUAAGGAUUUACAGAUUAUUUAAUUUUUUUUCCUGCAGAGGUAUUUGGAAUAUUUCUUGGUGCAAUGCUGACACCAUGUGGCAAAUAUAUGUGUUUACUCCAAGUACUCAAUUUAACCCCUUAAGGACGGAGCCAAUUGUGAUCAAAACAAAACGUAAACAAAACCUGGAAUUUGCGCUAUAUGCCUGUUCAACCGUAAUUAACCUCUUUCAAAUUAAAUCAUUUUGUUCAGGAGAAACAGGGCUUUCAUUUCAUAUCAAAUAGGUAUAUAUGAAACAUCAUUGAAUGUGAAUAAAAUCUAAAAAUGUAUGAGAAUUUAAGAAAAUUUGUUAUUUCUCAAGUUCUGCAUUACAUUUUAACUGUGAAUGUCAUAAUACUGUUAGAUUUUACUGCAAGAAAAUACACAUAUUUGUAUUCAGCAAUGUCUCAUGAGUACCACAGUACCCCCCAUCUACAGGUUUUAUGAGUUUUUGGAAACUUACAGAGGUCAAAUAUAGGGCUUUCCCCUUUUUCCAUUGAAAUUUGCCAGAUUGGUUUGCUGGGCCUAUGUUGCCUUUGAGAUGGUAUGGUAGCCCAGGGAUGAAAAUUAACCCAAUCUUGACAUACCAUUUGUAAAAGUAGACAAUCCUAGGUAUUCAAAAUGGGGUAUGUCCAGUGUUUUUUAGUAGCCACUUAGUCACAAAUGCUAGCCAAAGUUAGCGUUUAUAUUUGUUUUUUGCAUUUAUUUACACAAAAACUGCAUUUUUACUGACAAUUUCAUCUUCGUGAUACGUUUUACUGUUUUAUAACACACAUGUUUGUGUUCAGCGAAAUCUCCCAAGUACAAUAGUACCCCCCAUGUCAAGGUUGUGUAGUGUUUUGGAAAGUUACAGGGAUAAACAUUGGACUUGCAAAUUAAAUUCUCUGGACUUGCUGCCUGGGUUCUCAGGCUGGUCCCUCAAAUUAUAAAUGAUAAAAUGACUUAAUUAUGUAAAAAUAGUACGUAAAUAUACACAUAGAAUUUAAAUAUAUAUACAUAUAUAUGUAUUUAAAUCCUACAUGUAAAUUCACGGACCACGUCAGGGAUGCCCUUUGGCCCCCCUGUUAUAUGUUCUCUCUAUUGAACCUCUUGCUGCAUACAUUAGGAAGUCCAUAAAUAUUUCAGGAAUACCAACAGGUCACGCUAAACAAAAAAUAACAUUAUUUGCGGACAAUAUAAUAUUAACUCUUACUCACCCAGAAACCUCUAUUCCUUUUACAAUGAAGUGUAUAGAUAAUUUUAGUCGUCUCUCAAAUUACAAAAUAAAUUUGCACAAAAAAAAAAAUUAAACGAAACCUAACUCAAGAUCAGGUAAAACUAAUCAAAUCAAAAUAUAAAUAUAAUUGGGAUGUACAAACAAUACAUUAUCUAGGAACUAUAAUACAUUUUGAUACAGAAUUAUGGGUAGAUUUAAAUUAUUUUAAAUUAUAUAGAGAUUUCAAAGAUCAGAUCAAAAAAUGGGAAAAUCAAACACUCUCCUGAAUGGGUAGAUUAAAUACAAUAAAGGCAUAUUUGGUUCCGAAAUUAGAAUAUUUAUUUUAAACAAUUCCAAUAAGAGUAUCAAAUAAAUUUUUUAAAUGUUCGAUAAUUUGUUGUAUUCUUUCGUGUGGUUCGACAAAAAGACAAGAAUAAAUAGAAAAAUAAUGAUGACACACUUAAAAGAAGGAGGAUUAUCCUUUCCCAAUAUUCAGUUGAUUCACAACUCAAUAAUGUUCUCCCAUUUUUUAGAAUGGGGCAAAAUAAAAUCUAGGGAGAAAAUAUGGUAUAAGAUAAAGAAAGACCAGUGUGUAGGAAUAGACCCCUUUCUUUUUUUUUGGCUCGAUAAUAAAAUGUUUAAAAAAUCUGAAAAUAGAUCAUUUAAUUAUAUUACAAAUGUUUAAAUCAUUCGACCCGAUAAAAAAAAAAUUUCUUGUUCAAAAAUCAAGUUUUGAGUAAAGCCCCUUUGGAAAUAAUCUAAUUAUAUAUAAGAGAUCUGAAUUUAACCAAAUGGCUAAGGAAAAAUAUUGUAAUGGUUGGUCAAUUAGGAUUUAACAAUUCUCCUAAUACAAUUUGCCCAAUAGUGAGAGAUUUACAUACAUAAGAAUUAUCAAUUUUCUUAGAACAAUACAAAUAAUAGAUCAGUCUCCUUUGGAUACGAUCCUAUAUGGACCACAACUUUUAAAAUCUUCCAAAAUCAGACGGAUUAUUUACAAAAAUACUCCAGAAAGUAAAAUAAAUACCAUCUUAAAAUGGGAGGAAGAUUUAGAUAUUACUUAUCCUUAUAAUCUAUGGAUGGACUCUAUAGAUUACUUUAAGAAAUCAAUACACUGUCUAAAUAUCUCAGAAAUUGUUUACAAAAUCGUAACUAAUUGGUAUUUAGUCCCUUCUAGAUUAUGCAACUAUAAGUUACAUUAUACAAAUCAAUACUGGAGAUGUAAUAGGGAAAUUGGGACAUUGAAACAUAAAUGGUGGGACUGUCCCAAUCUAAGUCCCCCCCUCUCCUAUAUUUCCCCAGUACAUAACCCGACCAACACCUUAUAUUAAAUUGGAUGUUCUUUCAUGUAUGUGGAUUGUUUGUACUUUACAUGACACUGUGAGCCUCAUAAUACUGAUAAUUACAGCAAAUUUUGACAGUUUAAGGGAACUAUAAUCUAUAAUGUAUUUUUACUCUAGAAAUUCGCUUUUCUUUUCACACUGCCACCAUAAAUUUUUGUAUCUAAUUAUGUUAUGUUUACUUCAGAAAUCUAAACUGAUUAAGACGCUAUGAACCACAUUAGAAAGGAUUAGAUUUUAGACUGUAUUGUUUUUGUAUAGUAUUGUAUGUAUUUAAUUAUGUUACGUUUGUGUCAGAAAUUCAAUUUCGGAAAAUGUAUAAGAACCGGCUUGUUUAAUGAUACGAUUUCUGACUGUUAUGUAUUUUUUAUAUCAAACUACAAUAACAAUUAUUUAUUUAUUUAUGUAAUUAUAUCUGUAAUCUAUAUGUAUAUAUAUUUCUUAUAAUUUUUAUAUAUUUAUAUAUAUAGAUAUAUAUAUAUAUAAUUUCAUUCUAAGUAUAUUUUGAUAACUAUAUAUAUAUAUAUAUAUAUAUAUAUAUAUAUAUAUAUAUAUAUAUAUAUAUAUAUAUAUAUAUAAAUAUAUAUUAAUAUGAAAAUACUUUUAGAAUGAAAUUCCAUAUAUAUAUAAUUUUUUAAAACUUUUAUAUUAUUAUUUAAUUAAUUCAUCUUUAAAUGUAUUUAUUUUAAUUUUAUUAAUAUAUAUAUAUAUAUAUAUAUAUAUAUAUAUACAUAAUAUAUACAAUUACUGUAUGUAUAAUAUAUAUAUAUAUAUAUAUAUCUAUCUAUAUAUAUAUAUAGAUAGAUAUAUAUAUAUAAAUAUAAAACUAUCCACAAAGUCCUUGCACUCUGGCUCCAAAAAACGUUUAGACCGGGUGCUCAAAAUCAGGGGGAAUUUUACAUACCAGUAGAUAGUGAUUAGCACUCACGGAUUUCCAAAAGUAGAUUAAAAAAUAAAGUUUAUUAAUCCAUAUAUUAAAAAGGCUAUUUCGACGUUUCAGUCCUCUUAUGGGACUUUCUUCAGGAAAUUGUAUAUGUAACUCCAUAAUAAGUGUAUUUUGAUAAAUAUAUAUAUAUAUAAAACUAUCAAUAUAAAAAUACACUUAUUAUGGAUUAUAUAUAUAUAUAUAUGUACAUAUAUAUAUAUAUAUACAUAUAUAUAUAUAUAUAUAUUUUUUUUUACUCUGAUUGUUGCAUUACCAUUUUUUUAUAUUUCCUGACCAGCAGAGGGACUGCCUGUCAGUUAGGCAGCCCCCCUGCAGGCAGCUGCAUAGGCAGCUGCAUAGGCAGCUAUGCCUGCCAUGUGAUCGCUCUUUCAGGCAGUGAGUACUAUGGGUAACCCGACUGGUUACCUCCACUAUUUCCCUUCUUUACAACACUGACUAUUUAUUUUGUACACAUGGUUUUACAGACACAGAACUCUACAUUGGGUCUCCAACACAAACAAUAGGGGUUUCAAUCCCAAGAAGCUGAAGGGGGAGGGAGGAAGGACAAUGCAUCUAGGUUAAAUUGGGCUGGCAGUGUCUCUGUGGCAACGUCCUGCUGUGACAGGUAAAGGGAGGGGGAAAGGAGGGGAGACACAGACAGCAAUACAUUUCACUUCUAUACUUUUCAGAGCUGCUGCAUAUACAGGCACAAUACAUGAAAGGCAUAUAAAUAUAUGGGAAACACAGAGGGACCAUACGAUACAAGGGGAAAACAGACAAAUAUGCAGUGGGCAUGGUACUUAAUGAUGGCGGUCCGUCACAAAGCCGUUAGGGCAUUCUAUGCCGCCGUGACGGCUUUAAAGCCCAUUAUAAUGCGGACGGCAUAGAAUGCCCUAAAGGCGUUAAGGGGUUAAAAUGGUUAUUAGCGUAUGUUUGUAUUGUUGUGGUACAAUUCUGCCAUUAAGCAGUAAAUUCAUGCAUUACAUUUGAAUAGUAUCUGCUUUACAAUAAGGGUUAUUUAUUAAACUGAGAAUUGUUGGGGAAUCAAAGUAAAUUAAAAGUGGAUUUUAAAUCUGAGGCUAAAGUAAUGGAAUUUAGCUGACUUAGAUUUUGGCUUUAAAGGCACCCAGACCACUAUAGCUGAUUGAAGUGGUUUGGGUGCUGUGCUCUGUCCCUUUAACCCAGCAAUUAUAAUUAUUAAAACAUUCAAUACUGGAGCGCUUAAGAUGAAACAAUCUAUAGGGGCAAAAAUAGAUUUAAUUUAAAUUAUAAAUAUAUUAAUUAUAAAUACAAUACCAGCUACCACACUUCAAAGUGAUCCCUUCACCACAUGUCAAUUCAAGAAAAAAAUAAUAUUGUGAAGUGGAGCGGUCUUUAACUGCAAUACACCCCUAUCCCACAUGCAGUACAAUUAGCAAGUUAAAAUAUACUUAUACUUCUUGCUCAAUGGUAUCUCAAUUGUUGUUCAGCAUAUACAAAAGGAAAAUAGAAAUGAACAUAGAACAGAUCUGUUAUAUUAACUUGCACUUCUAUAAAUAGUGCUAAAAAUCACAUAUACCGUAUUUAUCGGCGUAUAACACGCACCGGCGUAUAAUACGCACCUCAUUUUAAGAAGGAAAUUUCAGGGAAAAAAAACUUAAAGGACCACUAUAGUGCCAGGAAAACGAGUAUGUUUUCCUGGCACUAUAGUGGUCCUUUAAGUUUUUUUCCCCUAAAAUUUCCUUCUUAAAAUGAGGUGCGUGUUAUACACCCUCAGGGACCCCCUCCCGCUGGGCUCUGGAGAGAGGAAGGGGUUAAACACUUACCUUUCUCCAGCGCCGGGUGGGGAGCUGUACUCCUCCUCUCCUCCUUGCUCGCGACGUCAUCGGCUGAAUGCGCAUGCGCGGCAGGAGCCGCGCGCGCAUUCAGCCGGUCGCAUAGGAAAGCAUUUACAAUGCUUUCCUAUGGACGCUUGCGUGCUCUCACUGUGAUUUUCACAGUGAGAAGCACGCAAGCGCCUCUAGCGGCUGUCAAUGAGACAGCCACUAGAGGCUCUGGAGGCUGGAUUAACCCUCACUAUAAACAUAGCAGUUUCUCUGAAACUGCUAUGUUUAUAAAAAAAGGGUUAUCCUAGAGGGACCUGGCACCCAGACCACUUCAUAAAGCUGAAGUGGUCUGGGUGCCUAGAGUGGUCCUUUAAAUUUCAAAUAAAGAACUUCUUACCCCUUUUCUUACCCCUCCUCCCCUCUUACUCCCCUUUUCUACUUCCCCUCCCCCUCUUCUUACUUCCUCCCCUCUACCUCUUUCUUACCUCUUCUACCCCCUUUCUACCCUCCCCUCUUUCUUACUCCCCUCUUACCCCCUUUCUUACUCCCUCCCCCUUCUACUUCCUCCCUCUACUCUCUUUCUACUUCCCCCUCUUCUACCUCUUCUUACCCUCCCCUCUUGUUACCCCCUCUUCUUAUCCUCCCUCCCCUUCUACUCUCCCUCUCUACUUCCCCACUCUUUUCUAUUUUCUUUUGAAUAGUGCCGUUGCUGUUCAAGCAGGUUGCCGCGCCGAGGUGAUAGAGGUGUGUGCACCUUCCUGUCAGUUCGACCGGGUACAGGAAACAGAAACUCCUGUUCCACGCGGAACAGGAGUUUCUGUUUCCUGUACCCGGUCGGACUGACAGGAAGGUGCACACUGAGCGUGCACCUUCCUAUCAGUCCGGCCGGCCACCGCGGACAGCAGAGCGGCUCGGCCACGCUACAGGGGAGGUGAGUACCAACUGCAGCCGCCUGAGCGCUCUUGACAGAGCGCUCAGGCGGCUGCAGUAUUUAAAGGGCCGGCGUAUAACACGCACCCACAAUUUCUCCCCUAUUUCGGGGAGAAAAAGUGCGUGUUAUACGCCGAUAAAUACGGUACUUGUCAAAUCAGCUGAAUAUUAACAAGUUUAUUACAAUCAUAAAACAGAUAUCAAAGUUAAAAAGCAAGAUAUAAUAACAAUUAAAAUACAGAUACAGGACAAAUCACUGUUUAGUUAACAUGUCACAAACAGCUCAUUGUGCAUCACGUAGCAAAUGUCUAGAGAUGGCUACAAAGCAAAUGGCUGCUUACUAGAAUUGUUGGUGAGUAUAACGGUAUGUGUGCCCGUUUACUCACAGUCUGGCUUUCCCACACUGGGAGAUGUCUCCUGUGUUAAGGGGUUGAGGGAGGUCUGAUGGAGUUCCUCUAUGUUGCCGCUCGGGUGCCGUCCAGUUCAGCGUGUAAUUCAGCUUUGCCGCUCUCAGAACGCCCGGCUUCCAAAUAGGCUCCGCCCCCUUUCUCAACGUGCUUCCGUGUUGUCUACGCGUUUCUCCGUUCACAGACGGCUUCGUCAGGACGUCAAAGUGCUUAGUCCCUCCCCAUUCUCGGAGAGUUUUUAUACACAUUCUCCUACUUAUAUUCAUUGUUUUUAGGUGCAUCACAUUUACAUAUGUAUGAAAUUCGGAUCAGCAGAUCAAUUGUUACACCAUUCAUACCUAUUUCAUCCCUACAUGGACAUCAUAUACUUCCAACAGAAAUGCCCCUAUUUAUCAACAAAUCUAUACAUACUAUAAAUACAAUAAUUAAAAUAAUUAAAAUUAUACAGUUUAAAUCUGAAUCACAACUGAAUCAUCAUAUAUAAUACAUGGAGGGAAAGAAAAGAGAGCAUAUGUUAGUAUAUAUUCAACACCAUAAAUAUAAUUUACCUCUAUGGUUUUGCAAUAGUAGUGACUCUUAAAGUGACACAGUGAUAAUAUCAAAGUGGAACAAAGUGACAUAGUGAAAGGGUACACUCUGAGUGGAUAUCUGAACUUUUGUAGAAGAAAUAUAUCUCCCAAAAUUAAAUAAAUAACGAAAAUUAAAUGAGAAUAAAAAUAAAUAUAAAAAUAAAUAAAAAUAAAAAUAACAUGAAAAUUAUAAAAUUUAUAAAAAAUGACAGAUCUCAAAGUCAUUAUUCAUUCCAUUAGGAAUGAGAGUAUUCAGUUCAAAUAUCCAUCUCAUUUCUAUACGGCCUAAAUUCUGGAUCAGAUUCCCUCCUCUCCAGUCACUUUUAACCUGUUGAAUCCCUAUAAAAUUUAAAAGGGGGGGGGGGUCAGAAUUAUGAAAUUCUUCAAAAUGUAGGGAAACCUGGUGUAAUUGAUAUUUUUUCUUAAUAUUAUAUGUGUGCUCACAUAUUCUAGUUCGUAAUUGUCUAGUGGUACGGCCUAUAUAUCUCAAGCCACAUGGACAAAGUAACAUAUAAAUUACAUUUUUCGUUUGACACGUUAUGAGUUCUUUUAUCUUGUAUGUGUUUCCAUUGGCUUUAAAUUCUUUAAUGUUCUGUUUACCACUGUCCGUAUUACGACAGGCAUUACAAUAGCCAAACCUAAUUAAAUUUAGAUUGAUUUUUAUUUGGAAUUUUAUCUGUUAAAAUUCUUUUCAUAUUUUUCACCCCUCUAUGUACUAUUUUUGGGAUAGGUGGUAAUAAUUUUAUUAAAACUGGAUCUUUUAGUAGCCAGUGCCAAUGUUCCGAGAUGAUUUUCCUAACUAGUUUAUUCUGAGGACCUGAAAACUGACAAAUAAAGGGAACAUCAUUUUCUUGUUUCUUAUUAUUUUCUUUUCUAAUUAUAAUUAUUGCAGUUAUUGAUACACUGAAAUAAUUACCUUGCAGGGUAACUCUAUCACUAGUGGCUGUGUACCAUACAGUCAGUAGAGGCACUUCCAGGACGUUAGGUGACUUUUGGUCACCUAACUGAUGCUGGACAUCCUCACGCAUUGCAUGAGGACUUCCAGCAUCAUUCAAAUUCCUAUGGGUUAGUCUUAAUCCGAGCGUGGCCCUCAACGUCCAUGCGCAAUAGGUCCCCAAUGUCGGCUGACAUCGGGGGAGAGGGAGAGAGGCGGAGUCUGACCCAGCGUCGAUGGACAUUGGCGCUGGAUUCAGGUAAGUGACAUAAAGGUUAUUAACUCUUUCUGCACUUCUUGGGGGUGGGGGGUGCACUAUAGGUUACUAUAGCGCUAGGAAUACAACUUUGUAGCUAGCACUAUAGUUUCCCUUUAAAUGCUGUAUGUUUUAAUUUUACCAUUUAGCUAAUAUGUACAUUACAAAUAUAUAGCACAAAUUUACAUUAAUAUAAGUCUAUUUUUAUUUAUUUAUUUAUUUAUUUAUUUAGAUCAGGGAUUCCCAACCCAGCCCUAAAGAGCCAUCUACCAGUCCAGGAUUUAGGGAUUACCCUGUUACCCUUUCUAAAAACACCUUUCACACAGCUGGGUAAUCCCUAAAUCCUGGACUGGUGGGGGACCACUCAUCUAGAUUGUUCUCCCUAUUUGAGCAGGUCCCUCUUCAUCCGUUGUUUCUGUUUACAUCAAUUUUAUUUUAUUUUUUAUUUAUUUGCAUUGUGCACUUGUACAGUGCUGCAGAAUAUGUUGGGAGUGUAUAAAUGAUAAUAAUAAUAAUAGUGAUGAUAACAAUUUUAAUAUAUGAUGAGAGCAAAAAAAAAAAAUGGUUUGCCCAAAUCAACUUUUUAGGAAAAACUGAUUUGGUUCUGACGAACGACAUUUCAUCCAUUGAGUAAUUCAGUUUGUAUGACUUUUGUCCAAAAAGUUAGAUUUGUUUUCUUUUUUUAUUUGGGCAAAUCAAAUUAUGCAUUGUUAAAGGACCACUAUAGUGCCAGGAAAACAAACUCGUUUUCCUAGCACUAUAGAGUAAAUAGGUCCCCCUCACCCUCUGGGUCCCCUUCCCGCCAGGCUGAAGGGGGAGGAAGGGGUUAAAUACUUACCUUUCUCCAGCGCCGGGCUCCCUCAGCACUGGGGACUCUCCUUCUCCUUCCGACGUCAUCGUCUGAUUGCGCGCGCAUUCAGUCAGUCCAUAGGAAAGCAUUCUCAAUGCUUUCCUAUGGACGCUGGCGUCUUCUCAAUGUGAAAAUCACAGUGAGAAGCGCGGAAGCGCCUCUAGCGGCUGUCAAUGAGACAGCCACUAGAGGCUGGGUUAACCCAUAUGUAAACAUAGCAGUUUCUCUGAAACAGCUAUGUUUACAGCAAAAAGGGUUAACCCUAGAUGGACCUGGCACCUAGACCACUUAAUUGAGCUGAAGUGGUCUGGGUGCCUAUAGUGGUCCUUUAAGUUUGAUAUUUUAAAGAGCUGACAUAGUUACAGCCAAAAAAAGACGAGUCCGUCUUGAGUUUUUGCUGUUGAUCCAAAUGAAGGGCAAAAAAUUCCUUCUUGAACUCAGAAUGGCAGUACGAUUUUUUUCUGGGAUCAAUAGGCUGUUAAUAACCAAAUAAUAAAAAAAAUUAUGAAUAUUAUGGUUUUGUCAGCCCUACCUUGUUAAGAAACACAAAGAUUUGUACAGCUAGGACCAACAAUAGUAAUGCACAUAAACUGUACAGAAUGGCUAACGUUAUUGCUUUUCUAAAUAUUAAAAUAUUUUUAAAAAUCAUAUAUAUAUAAAUACAUCAGUAUAUUAAAAAUAUCACAAUAUUACUGUAUCAAAAUAUAUAUUUUUUUAAAUUAAGUGAUUUUAAAAGUUUAUCCAAAAAUCGUAUAAACGUUUAUCCACCAAUUUUAAAUCAAGGCAUAUGUUGCCUCAGAAGCCUAUGUUUGGAAGUUUAUUUUUGACUCAUUAGUUAGAAUCGUUGAUGUGGGCGAGAGAUGUUUUGUAUGAUAGCAUUCUGUAAGGAAACUUUAAUUAAUGAUCUCAAAUUGAUUUUGUCUUACAGGCAUGUCUGUUUAUUUUUCAAAAAGUUUCUGUUAAAGAUGUUCUACUGACGUGGGGACCGAACCGAACCAGCGUUAAUUGCAACUCCCUCCUGUAAAAUCUUAGUGGAUAAACACGUGUUUACUAUUCAUAUUGGAACAAGUAGAUACGAUUGGGAUGAAAACACACGAUGGAUCCAUUGCAAGUUGGUCACAGCUAUGUCGGAGUCUCCCUGUGGACUGUAGAAGGAAUUUGUCUCUGAAUCUAAACACAGGGAUUAAUAAAAACUUUCAACAGUUGCCUAUCUAUAGCUGUCCAAGUUGCCAAACUCAAGUCUUGGAUUUUUAUGUCCCAUGGCAAUAUCACCAGUCCUGAGAAAGAUGUCGCAGACUGUGGAAGGACUGUACUGGGUAACAGCCAUCAGAUUCCUCGAAGAGGCUAGCAAUCCCCAAAAAAAAAAAUGAAAUAGCAAAGGGUAUUCAUAUGAAUCUCUAGGAAAUAAAUAACAUUAAACAAGGAACACAUUGCGUGGGCUGAGCUCUGUAACAAGGCUGGGCAAUAGAAAAGCAGAUAAAAUAGUGAAAUACAAUUAGCCUGUUUGUAAUUCAGGAGGACCUAAAUUUAAAUCAUUAUAUCACAUGAGUACCAACGCUGCCCCCCCUAGUGGAUUGGUCUACAUUUGUACCAAAACCACUACAGCUUGUUACAGGAGGUAUGUUGCAAUCAGUCUUGGGGUGUUCACCCACAUUUCUAUGAUACAACAUCUGCUUUAUUGUGCUGUCUCUGAUAUGAUUAUUGCAUUGAGCAUACCUUGUGGUUAUUUGUUGUAGCUACAGUUCAGUUCUUCACAGGAAUGAGACCCGAAGUAUCUAGUCUUUGGUAAUAAAGUUCACGGUUUGUUAUAGAACACGUGGAGUUUUAUAUCAGUUACAGAAGCCAUUUUAGUUUCAGAAGCAGACAAGUGAUUUUCUAUAGAUACACAUAUCAUGCCUGUACGUCUGUUUAAUAUCAUGCUUAUUGUCAACGUGUCACAUGUAAAUACACAUUGCACUCCUUGUUUAUCUGAUUGUAUUGCAGUAUUACAGAACUAUUCACAGAAUUCGCUCAGUUUGAAAGAAACAAAUUGCUAUUUCUGUCCGUUUUGUUAACCAGCUGUUGGCUACGAGUUAGUAGGACAGCAAAGUAGAAAGCCAUCCACUUUAACUCGAUCGCCAUUAAUUCAGAUAAGAAUAUUGAUAUUAUACCUCAAUCCACAUAGACCAGGUCUCACGUUUCCGGUUCCAGAUACUCUGUGCCAUCUGACAGAUCAUCAGUUAGUUCUGCAGCUCUCCGAGCAAGAGCUAAGGCAGAAGCAGCAUGAGUAGAGGUCUCUUAGCUAAAAAAGAGGCAAUUAUGAUGAACAGAAAGCGGAAUUAGUGGGACAGCAAAAUUAUCCAAGUGAGGAGAAUGGGCAUUGGAUGCUUGGAGAGAGAUGGGUUUCCUUCAAGCCACUCAAACAUGCUCUGGCAGCAAUGAUGAUAACUGUUAAUGUUCUGGAAGCUUUGCCACGACACUAAGGACGUCCAGCUCAAUUUAUUUUGAACUUUUACAGUGUUUGUAUGGGUUCAAGCUUCGUCCCUUUUUACUUUUCUUUUCCCACCAUCUUUCUCCUUGGAAUCACUGAGCCUGGGAUUAAUGCUUGCGGGAUCACCAUGAAACUGAUUGCCUUUGGAGUGGCAUUGCAAGAGACGUGUGCAGGAAAAAGUCUUAAACUCACAUACUGGGCCAGGUGCACAUGGGAGAAUCUGCCCCUAAACACAUCAAGUGAUAAACGUCAGCCCCUAUUUUAAUGGAUAACUGUAACAAAAAAAUGUUUUAAAAGAAAAUUCAUUAUUGUGUUAUUUUUUAAUAACUCAUUAAUUAUUUUUGCAAAAUAAAGAAUACUGAAAAUUGUGAAUAUAACUCGUUCGUACAUGCCGGCCACCCCUAUUUUGUACCUCCAUCUUUCUGCUCCCAUGGUUAGCUUGAACAGCAAUCAGACCAUUUUCUGAAUGGCGACUGACCUGCUAUAGCUUGUUUUCACCCGGUGUUCUAACCACAGCAGGGCAGACUGGCAGAGUAAAAUUAAAUGGAAAAUUUACACCAUUAAAUAAAACAUUGAAAAUCACCUAAAACAGGAGAAAUAGAAACAUUGUUUCAUGUUCUGUAUGUUAUCUCUAUGCUGACUGCCAGGUGUGAAGGACAGAACUCAACGCUAAAUUCUCUGACAUUUAAGAGUUAAAUCUCUUUUGUUUCUGUUUAUGAAGCCCUAGCAACAACUCACACAGACAGCAUGAAAAAAAUUGUUUCAUUUUCAAUAAGAUGUUAGCUUGCUUUAGAAGUUUUCAUCUCCUGCUCACAUUAGG